GAUGUUGUGUUGUUAUUUUUACUGCAUCUGAAAAUUCAAGCCUCGAACAGUUUAGCUAGCUUAAAUUGUGUUUUGUCCCAUUGCCCGCAUCACCUAUGCUAAGUUAAUAGGUCUGCUUGUCACAAGUUGAUUAUAGCCCCAGUAAUGGACUCAGACGAGGGUUAUAAUUAUGAAUUCGAUGACGAAGAAGAAGAAUGUAGCGAAGACAGCGCCGAAGAGGAAACCGAGGACGACACCCUGGAGCUCGGAGAUGUGGAGUUGGUCGAUCCUGUUGUCGCUGGCGGAGAAAGAGACGAGUGUGGAGAGACCGGAGGAAGCGGCCACGGGCCUGGUCAAGAUGAGGAGGACUACCGAUUCGAAGUGCUCACAGCUGAACAGAUCCUUCAGCAUAUGGUCGAGUGUAUCAGAGAGGUCAAUGAGGUCAUCCAGAAUCCUGCAACCAUUACAAGAAUGCUUCUUAGUCACUUCAACUGGGAUAAAGAGAAGCUUAUGGAAAGGUACUUUGAUGGUAACUUGGACAAGCUGUUCUCAGAGUGUCACGUAAUCAACCCCAAUAAGAAAUCUCGGACUCGCCCAAUGAACACAAGGUCAUCUGCACAGGACUUGCCAUGUCAGAUCUGCUUCCUGAAUUACCCCAACUCGUACUUCACUGGCCUGGAGUGUGGACACAAGUUCUGCAUGCAGUGCUGGGGGGACUACCUGACCACCAAAAUUAUCGAGGAGGGAAUGGGACAGACCAUAUCCUGUCCUGCGCAUAGUUGUGACAUUUUAGUGGAUGACAACACAGUUAUGCGCCUCAUAACAGAUUCAAAAGUCAAGUUGAAGUACCAGCAUUUAAUCACCAAUAGUUUUGUAGAGUGCAAUAGACUGUUGAAGUGGUGUCCUGCCCCUGACUGCCAUCAUGUUGUCAAAGUCCAGUACCCUGACGCCAAACCAGUGAGGUGCAAGUGCAGCCGUCUGUUUUGCUUUAAUUGUGGUGAGAACUGGCAUGACCCUGUCAAGUGUAAGUGGCUCCGGAAGUGGAUCAAGAAAUGUGACGACGACAGUGAAACAUCAAACUGGAUUGCAGCAAAUACCAAGGAAUGUCCCAAAUGCCAUGUGACCAUCGAGAAAGACGGAGGGUGCAAUCACAUGGUGUGUCGGAACCAGAACUGCAAAGCCGAGUUCUGCUGGGUCUGCCUGGGUCCGUGGGAACCACACGGGUCGGCCUGGUACAAUUGCAAUCGCUACAAUGAAGAUGAUGCGAAAGCGGCCAGAGAUGCGCAGGAGGCGUGUGCUCUGCAGCGCUCCAGGGCCGCCUUGCAGAGGUACCUGUUCUACUGCAACCGCUACAUGAACCACAUGCAGAGCCUGCGGUUCGAGCACAAGCUGUACGCCCAGGUGAAGCAGAAGAUGGAGGAGAUGCAGCAACACAACAUGUCCUGGAUCGAGGUGCAGUUCCUGAAGAAGGCCGUGGACGUGCUGUGUCAGUGUCGCUCCACCCUCAUGUUCACCUACGUCUUCGCCUUCUACCUCAAGAAGAAUAACCAGUCUAUUAUCUUCGAGAACAACCAGGCUGACUUGGAGAACGCCACCGAAGUGCUGUCUGGAUACCUGGAGCGAGAUAUCUCCCAGGACUCGCUGCAGGACAUCAAGCAAAAAGUACAAGAUAAAUACAGAUACUGUGAGAGCCGACGAAGAAUGCUGCUCCAGCACGUCCAUGAAGGCUAUGAGAAAGACCUGUGGGAGUACAUAGAAGAUUGAGGUCACAUUCCUGAACCAUGGACUCCUCGGUUUCAUCACAGACUAGAGCGCUGAUGCAAUUAAGAGCGCAGGCCGGCCCUCUGCCAGCACCACCCACGGUUGCAUCCUUUUCCCUUUUUUCUUUAACUUUAAAGUCAAUUAUAUUGAUUACAAUGGUAUAAUUUUAAGUGUAAUACAGUAUUGAUAAGAACAGAAUCUGAGAAUGCAGAACACUGACAGACAUUCUCUUCUGGUUUAUAAUAUAACUC